CCGGCCGGGCAGGGACCCCGCGGCCGGAGCCGCCCGGACCGCUCCCGCGCCCGCCGAGUCCGCGCCCGCGAGCCAGAAAAAUCACUUUUCUUCUCUGGAGGGUGGACAGUUAUAGCAUCGAUUUCACGGAUCUGGUAACAUGGCCAAAGAUGUGCCUGUGAAUUUACAUCGUGCCGACCGUGGCCCCACGGACAGAACACCACCGGGCAGGUCGGCCUCGCUGGGUGCAGUCACGUCUUUGGCACCGAGGACGACUCCUGAGGCCGGUCUAAUUGAAGCCAACGGGGAGCUAAAGGUCUUCAUAGACCAGAACCUUAGUCCUGGAAAAGGGGUCGUGUCCUUGGUGGCCGUCCACCCAUCCACGGUGAACACGCUCGGGAAGCAACUCCUGCCGAAGACGUUCGGACAGUCCAGUGUCAACGUCACGCAGCAAGUGGUGAUCGGCACGCCCCAGAGACCUGCAGCGCCUAGCACGAUCGUGGUGGGAAGCCCGCACACCCCUAACACCCACUUUGUCUCCCAGAACCAGCCUUCAGACCCCUCACCUUGGUCUGCCGGGAAGCGGAGCAGGAAAGGCGAGAAGAACGGGAAGGGCCUGCGGCACUUCUCCAUGAAGGUCUGCGAGAAGGUGCAGAGGAAGGGGACCACGUCCUACAACGAGGUGGCCGAUGAGCUGGUCGCGGAGUUCAGCGCCGCCGACAACCACAUCCUGCCCAACGAGUCGGCUUACGACCAGAAGAACAUAAGGCGGCGAGUCUACGAUGCCUUAAACGUGCUGAUGGCCAUGAACAUCAUCUCCAAGGAGAAGAAGGAGAUCAAGUGGAUCGGUCUGCCCACCAACUCGGCUCAGGAAUGUCAGAAUUUAGAGGUAGAAAGACAGAGAAGACUUGAAAGGAUAAAACAGAAACAGUCUCAGCUUCAAGAACUUAUUCUGCAGCAAAUUGCCUUCAAGAAUCUGGUGCAGAGAAACCGCCAGGCGGAGCAGCAAGCCAGCCGGCCGCCCCCACCCAACUCCGUCAUCCACCUGCCCUUCAUCCUCGUGAACACCAGCAAGAAGACCGUCAUCGACUGCAGCAUUUCUAAUGACAAAUUCGAGUAUCUGUUUAAUUUUGACAACACGUUUGAGAUCCACGACGACAUCGAGGUGCUGAAGCGCAUGGGGAUGGCCUGUGGGCUGGAGUCGGGCGGCUGCUCUGCCGAAGACCUGAAAGUGGUGAGGAGCUUGGUACCGAAGGCAUUGGAGCCCUACGUGACAGAAAUGGCUCAAGGAUCAAUCAGUGGUGUUUUCGUCACGUCGUCAGUGUCGACUUCCAAUGGCACGAGGCUUUCUGCCAGUGACUUGAGCAACGGUGCGGACGGCAUGCUGGCCACAAGCUCCAGUGGGUCCCAGUACAGCGGGUCCAGGGUGGAGACGCCGGUGUCCUAUGUCGGGGAGGAUGAGGAGGACGAGGACGACUUCAAUGAAAACGACGAGGACUGACGCCCUGCCCGCCGGCCCGCCCUCGGACGCAGCUGCAGCAAAACGCGUGGGGAAGAGACGCUUUUGUUAGCGUGGGUUUUCUCUUUACUUUUGGCCUCCUCCUGGGAAGUCGUCGGUAAGCUGUUGAUCCGCCGUGCGCCUCCGGUAAGCAGGUGAGGGCGUUCCCAGAGCCUCGGACGGGCUGAGCUCUGUGUGGAUGCACUGUGCUGGCGCAGAGCCCCGACCCCGUUGAGGAUUUUGUGUUUUCAUUUUCUAUUUUUUUAAGUUCAGAGUUUGUUUUUGCCCCUUAACAAUUCUUGCUGAGUUUGCUGAAGAAGUUGUGCUCCACUCACAUCAACGAAAGUCAGACGCAGUUCUGUCGCUCGAGAGGGUGCUGCUGAAAGCCGCUAUUUGCAGUGUGUUGUGAAUGGCACCCCCCCACUGGGGGCGAACGGCAGAGAACUGAGACCAGCUGAGCUGAGCCAACGGGCUCUGCUCGUCCACGUGAAGCGCCAGGACUUGUUAUGACUUUAUUUCCCCUAAAUUAUACGAAUGCGAGUCCAUCAAGGUGAUACCUUUUUCGCUCUGUGUCGCAGCAAACAAAUUGCAAAGGUCUCUUUCUUGUUGUUUUGUUUGGAAAGUGCACUGCCCUGCUGGUGCAGCUCUGAGAACUGUCUGGAAGGCUUAGAAUGGUGUAUUGCUUAUGGUAAAAUUUGCCUGAUUUCUUACAGGCAGCGUUUGGAAACUUUUUAUUAUAUAGUUGUUUACAUACUUAUAAGUCUAUGGUUUAAAGACACGUACGGAAACAAAUGUUGUAUUUGUUUCGUAAGCAUCUUCCUGUAAUCUAUUAUAAAGUUGAAAUUAAAUAUAGAGAAUGUUUUAACAGUUUUUUAACUCAAAAUUUGUCAAUCAUUUUUAAUAGUUCUUUUUUUAUAAAAAGAAAAAGGAAUUUCAGGACAGGCAGUAGUCUCUUUUAAAAUUUAUUCACAAAGAACCAUUAACUGCACAGUUGCUGUUAGCUGCCUGUUCUAAAACAAUAGUCUUUUUAUUGAAACACAAAUAAACUUUUCUGUAAUAUUU